GCCCAGAGCCGGCCGCUUGCCCCGGGGGCCUCGCCCUCCCACCGGGCCUGGUCCCCCCCCAGGCACCCGGAGGUGCCGGAGCGCCAUGCCCCCCUCGCCAAGGCCGGGUCCGGUCCCGGUGCCACCGCCACCGCCGCCGCUGCUGCUGCUGCUGCUCCUGCUGGGGUCGGCGUUGGGGUCGGAGCGGAGCCGGUCGGCGGCCCCGGAGGCGGGCGAGGCCCCGGAGCUGCGGGUCACGGUGCAGGAAGGCCGGCUGCGGGGCGUCCGGCUGCCGGUGCCCGGGGGCCACGUGUCCGCCUUCCUGGGCGUCCCCUUCGCCGAGCCGCCCACCGGGCCGCGCCGCUUCCUGCCGCCGGAGCCCAAGAGGCCCUGGCCCGGCGUGCGGGACGCCACGGCCUUCCAGCGCGUCUGCUACCAGUACGUGGACAGCCAGUUCCCGGGCUUCCCGGGGGCCGAGAUGUGGAAUCCCAACCGGGCCCUGAGCGAGGACUGCCUCUACCUCAACGUGUGGGUGCCCUCGCCCCGGCCGCGCCGGGCCCCGGUCCUCGUCUGGAUCUACGGGGGCGGCUUCUACAGCGGCGCCGCCUCGCUGGACGUCUACGACGGCCGCUUCCUGGCCUGGGCCGAGCGCGUCGUGCUGGUGUCCAUGAACUACCGCAUGGGCGCCUUCGGCUUCCUGGCCCUGCCCGGCAGCCCCGAGGCGCCCGGCAACGUGGGCCUGCUGGACCAGAGGCUGGCCCUGCGCUGGGUGCGGGCCAACGCGGCGGCCUUCGGCGGGGACCCGGGGGCCGUGACCCUGUUCGGGGAGAGCGCCGGGGCCGCGUCGGUGGGCCUGCACCUCCUGUCGCCCGGCAGCCGGGCCCUCUUCCUCCGGGCCGUGCUGCAGAGCGGGGCGCCCAACGGGCCCUGGGCCACCGUCAGCGCCGCCGAGGCCCGCCGCAGGGCCACGCUCCUGGCCCGGCUGGUCGGUUGCCCGCCCGCCCCCGGCCCCGCCGCCGCCGCCGCCAACGACACCGAGCUGGUGGCCUGCCUGCGUGCCCGCCCGCCGCAGGCCCUGGUGGACCGCGAGUGGGAGGUCCUGCCCCACCAGAGCGUCUUCCGCUUCGCCUUCGUGCCCGUCGUCGACGGCGACUUCCUCACCGACACGCCCGAGGCCCUGCUUGCCGCCGGGGACUUCCACGGCCUGCAGGUGCUGGUGGGGGUGGUACAGGACGAGGGCUCGUACUUCCUGGUGUACGGGGCCCCCGGGUUCAGCAAGGACAACGACUCCCUGAUCAGCCGGGCGCAGUUCCUGGCGGGCGUGCGCCUCGGGGUGCCCCACGCCAGCGAGCUGGCGGCCGAGGCCGUGGCCCUGCACUACACGGACUGGCUCAACCCGGACGACCCCGUCGGCAACCGGGAGGCCCUGGACGACAUGGUGGGCGACCACAACGUGGUCUGCCCCGUCGUGCAGCUGGCCGGGCGGCUGGCGGCCGGCGGGGCCCGGGUGUACGCCUACCUCUUCGACCACCGCGCGUCCACCCUGGCCUGGCCGCCGUGGAUGGGGGUGCCCCACGGCUACGAGAUCGAGUUCGUCUUCGGGCUCCCGCUGGAGCCCGCCCUCAACUACACCCCCGCCGAGCACGCCCUCGCCCGCCGCAUCAUGCGCUACUGGGCUGACUUCGCCCGCAGCGGGGACCCCAACGAGGCGUCGACGACGGAGGCGGCGGCGGGGCCGGGCGCACGCUGGCCGCCCUACACGGCCGCGGGGCAGCACUACGUGAUGCUUAACGUGCGGCCACUGGAAGUGAGGCAGGGACUGCGGGCCCAGCCCUGCGCCUUCUGGAACACAUUCCUCCCCAAGCUGCUCAGCGCCACCGACAGCCUGGACGAGGCCGAGCUCCAGUGGAAGGCAGAGUUUCACCGCUGGAGCGCCUACAUGGUUCACUGGAAGAACCAGUUCGACCAUUACAGCAGGCAGGAGCGCUGCUCCGACCUGUGAGGGAGGGGCGGGCCGGGACGACCCCCCACCCCAGACCGCCGACUCCGUGAUCCUGCCCCAGCCCUGUACAUACACUAUUUAUUGGGGUCGGGCUGGCCCUCGUAUAGUCACACCUGCAGAGAGGCGCAGGCCCCGGCCCGCCCCCUG